UGUUAAUUGGGCUGCGGCGAAGCGGACAUCUUUUUUGUUUGGUGUGAAAGAACAACGACAUUUGCCGCGUUUCGACCGUGCUGGUGAAAAAAGGCAAAUUGACCAUUUUUAAUCAAUCGCCCGCGUGCGAUAAAGCGUUCCAGCGGUAGCGAAACUCCCAGCCAUUAGUUUGCCGCGCAAAGAUUGGCCACCUGUGCACUUUUUCCAGUGUAAAUCACCGUUCGAAGCGGGUCCCGUCGUGCGGCUUGGUAGCGUCAGUGUCCGACCGCAGGGGUAGCAUUUAUACACUCGUACUGGGGGUUAGCAAAGUAUGUAAACAAUUUGUUGUUUGCUGACUAUUCUCUGCCAUCCAAAUUCUCUCGCUCGCCUGCAACACACGCACGCACGCACGCACACGGAUACGCGCCGCCGGCUCCGGGUGGAACUCUGCUGAACGUACGUGAACGCCUCGAGAACAGUCAAAGAUGUCUCGCUAUCCGCACGACGCCAAGGUUUACGUCGGUGAGUUAGGUAACAACGCCAGCAAACAGGACAUCGAGGAAGCGUUCGGGUAUUACGGUCCGCUGCGCAACGUAUGGGUUGCCCGCAAUCCGCCCGGCUUCGCGUUCGUCGAGUUUGAGGACGCACGGGACGCGGAGGAUGCGGUGCGCGGUCUGGACGGACGGACGAUUUCUGGCCGGCGGGCCCGGGUCGAGCUGUCGACGGGACGUGGUGGACGCGGUGGCGGUCGGGGUGGACCACCGCGCGGUGGCGGUAAAGGUGGCCGGGCUCAGUUCGAUGACCGGUGCUACGAGUGCGGUGGUCGGGGCCACUUUGCACGCGAUUGCGGCCGUUCACGGCGCGGAGGACGCAAAAGAUCGCGCAGCCCACGAUCGCGAUCGCGCGAGCUGAGGACUCGUUCGCGCAGCUACAGCCGUUCCCGUAGCCGCUCCCGGGACCGUCGCUCGAGGUCCAAGGCCACACCGAAGCGCGGUGGUGGUGGUGCGGUUGCCAACAAUCGAUCGCUGAGCCGGGACGUGAGCAAAACGCCACGCCGCAACGUGUCCCGCAGUCCGUCGAGAAGCCAUUCCCGGUCGGCGAAGCGUUCGAUCUCGCGCUCACAGUCGCGAUCGGUAUCGAGAUCGCGUUCCCGCCAUCGUAACGGAGAUCACAACUAAGGUCGCUGGGGGUGAGGUUAGAUCGAGAACGGUAGACGACGCCCCAAAGGACUUUCUAACAACAACAACUACACAGCAAUCGAGUGGGAGAUGUAGUGGAGCAAGCCCCCCUACCUACCUACUUACACUUAUCAGGCGAAUUGUCCGUAUCCUUUAUUCUCUCUGACACAAACACAAACUAUAAUUCUAAUCGCCUUUUUCGGUGUUGGUACGCGGCUAUACGGCGGUUGAUGCGGACCAACUGUUAUACAAGAUACUCACAGGACGGGCGAAGAAUAGAGAGGCGAACCGGGGAAGGAUAAUGACGCAGGGAAGCGAGGAUACAUUAUACAAGGGGACUACAAAUUUCAAACAACCGGUACCGCACUUUCAGACCACCGAGCAGCAAGUCGUAAGCAAAGGGGCGUAGAUAACCCAGGCAGGGAGUAGGAUAUUUUUUCAACACUUGCAAAAACUAACACAGCUACACGAGCUGAAGGAUAAUCUUACAUUCAUUGAAAAUACCAAAUUUGAACCUAGAACACUCUCUUGUAUAAAUACAAGCAGAAACAAAAAAAUCCUCCCCACUUCAACAGGAUACGACGCCAGGCAGGCUAUAGGAAAAUCAGCAGACCAGGAGACGAAUGUCAUACAUGUGUGUGCGCGUGAAUUUAUCUUUGCAUUUACUUUUUCCCCUUUCGAUUAUCCUGUAUUUUGUCUGUUUUUUUAAUGUUGUGCGCAAGGACGAAAUUAAGAUGGCGCCGAACUAGAAUGUGUGCCACCGCUGCUGACUCUUAAGCGCUCUGACCCUAGCAAUAAUGAUGGACGAAGCCACAUACACUCGCUCGCUCACUCACACAUCCUAAGACCGCCCGAUCCGCUUAUCUCACCUAUGCGCAUGUGUGUGUGUGUUUUAUUUUUGUGUUGUAAGCCAACUAAUAUCGAAUAUCGAAAUGUAAACGAAGAAAGGUAAUAGCAUAGGAAAGGUGUGUAGCGUGACUGAAUUUUGAAGAGGUACAAAAAAACGGACAUUUAGUUGACAUUUGCAAAAAUAGAAAAGAAACACAAGCCAGCCAACAGACAGACAAAAACACAACACAGCGCAACAACAGCAUCGCCCUUGAGCAAACGUUCUCCCGACAAAAGCCUCCUCACGUUCCUCUAAAGUACAAUGGAGUACGUUUGUGUUUGAUUGUGUGUGCGCGUGUGCGUGUGUGCGUUUUUAUGAUUUGUAAUUACAUCUUUUACUUCUUUUUUUUUAUUUGUCUCGUGGCGAUUAGAUAAGUGUUAAGCAAAAGAGUGUAUGUGAAUAAAUUUAAAAACGAUACAGUCUCGAA